GCGCGUUGGGGCAUUUUGUCACGUUCACCUCCUAAAACGACAACCAAAACUCGUUCCCAGUGCGCUUGGUAGUAUUUUAGCGGAGACAAAACGCAACGCCUGGGCGAGUGGCCAAAAUGGCAGUUCCAGAGAGGAACCAUAACCGUUCGUAUAAUCAUCAUAAAGUUUUCUCAGUGUUAAUUGUUGUCCUAUUCCUCCUCCUCCUCGUCGACAAUGCUCUCUGCAUCAGGUUUCCCGAUCGAGUCGCCGAAUCCGCCCUCGACCAAUCCGACCAACAGCGCUUCCAGGUGGCCGUCUUCGCCCUCGGAAGCUUCUGGCGAUCCGAAGCCGUCUUCGGCUGCUUGCCCGGCGUUGUACGCACUACCGUCGGCUACGCCGGCGGAUCCAAGUCCAACCCCGAAUACCGAAGCUUGGGUGACCAUGCCGAAUGCGUCAAGGUUGAGUAUGAUCCACAGCAGAUUAGUUUUAGGGAACUACUGGAUAUUUUUUGGUCAAGCCAUGAUCCUAGGCAAGUGUAUGGCCAAGGUCCUGAUGUGGGUAAACAAUACAGAUCUAUUAUUUUUGUCAAUGGAACUGAAGAAGCAAGAAUGGCUGCUGUCAGCAAAGAGCAGGAGCAAACCAGAUCAAGAAGCAGCAUUGUGACUACUCAAAUUCUACAAUUCGGAACAUUUUACCCUGCAGAGCCAGAGCACCAGAAAUUUGAACUCAAGCAAAAUACCAUUCUUCUUCAGUUAAUUGGCAACCUUCCUGCCGAGGAGCUUGAGAGGUCUAGCCUGGCAACGAAAUUGAAUGGAUAUGUAGCAGAGCUUUGCCCUCCAGAUAUCCAAAAGCGUAUUGAUGCCAAGAUCAAUGAUAUCAUUAAAAGGGGUUGGCCAAUUUUGAGAGAUUUGUAGUUGGCCUCGUGGGAAGUUGCUCAGAUUGUCAACAUUUCAUUAUUCAACUAACUCGCUUCGCUUCGCUUCAGCAUUGCCUAUAGGUUUGUUCAAUAGCUUGUAUCAGUUGCAGGGCUAGAAGUAAAAAGAGGGUGCUUGCUGAUUAAAUCAUUGUGUUGUGUUUAUUGUACUUGUAAAGUCUUUACUCUCCCCCAUCUUCAAAAGAAACUUUGUAUUUUUUUUUUCUCACUUUUAUUAUGAGGACAAGAGAGAAACUAGUAAUUUUCAGCUUGGUAUUAGUGAAGGGGAAAUGUAGCCGAUUAUGUUCGUGCCUGUUUUAGAAUGUUAUAAUUUUUUUUAUUAGCUCAUUUCAUGCU